AUGCUGAAAAAACUGAACGGAAAAACGCUGCUGCUUGCGAACGUCGCAUCAGCAUGCAUUAUCAUCUACACCUGGAGGAGGUACAGCCCGGAAAGGACGAAUAGAAUUUUACACCAAGUUGAGGAGGUGGCCAAAUGUCUACUUAAAACGCCGCAGGUUCUACUACAUAAAUGGCUAGAAUGGAAAAAAAAAAAAAUACAACUCCCUGUAGUAGACAAAGACGUAACCAUCCAUUUAAGUGAUGACGAAUUGGAUAAGAAAUUCAUUCAGGCGUGCAUCGCAGUGAAGGUGAACAGAAGUCAGCUGAAAUUCGAGCAGUGGAUUUUCUUGUAUGGCUUGUACAAGCAGAUAACCGUUGGGGACAUGAACGCAGAUGCGGGUGAUUCAGAUAAGCCGUUAAAUGCAGAGUUAAGCGGGGAGAAAGGAAUACCCAGGAAGAGCGAAAGCGAAGGGAACAGCUACCUAGUGGAUGCCAAAUUGAGCGCGUGGAAACAUUGCCACGGAGUGAGUAAAAGGGUCGGCAAAUUUCUGUAUGUGCAAUUUGUCGAGAAGACCCUUCCCCCCCAAGCGAUGAAAGAGGACAAUUCCAACGCAACAUUCGACUUUACCAAAACGAUGAGCAAGAUGAAGCCUCUGGUGGAAAUUCUCAAAGGAGUUGGAGAGGGGAUCGAUGAGGACAGCUACCUCACCGGCAAGGACAACGCAGAUAAUGGGAACAAUUUAAGUGACCUCCUCUGCAAAAACGUAGUGCAAGCAAAUCUUCAAUACAUAAAAAGUGCACUGAAAAGAAACCCAUACAUAAUAAACAAGAGAAAUUCAGACGGACUAUGCGCCCUGCAUUAUGCGUGCGAUAGGGGGUACCUAGAUAUUGUAAAAAUCCUAAUCGAGUUUGGCGCCGAUGUGAAUGCAGACGAUUCUUGUGGAGACACUGCCCUUCACAUUGCCGCCUAUUCAGGCAAGACAGACAUUAUAAAAUAUUUGACCAGCGUCGGUGCUGAUAUAAAUAGGAAGAACUCCGAAGGGUUGACUUUCAACUCGAUACUUAGCCAAGAGGCGGAGUUGUAUUAG